AUGACGAUUGCGUUGCUGGGCAUUUUGUGUCUCGCAGACGACGCCCCAGUCAAUGACUUGAAAGCGUACAACAGUGGCUAUCUCGGUCUGUUUCCCUCCCAAGACUUCAAGUCUUCGAAUGUUGUCGCCCCUCUUUUCCAAGUCAGCACCUUUGAUCCCAAUCUUGUUGAUGAUUCGGGGUUUCUCUUCCUGACCAUGGAGCAUAAUGGCAAAUCAGGACCUGUUAUCUUCUCCAGCAAAGACCUCAGCCUUGUGUACGCCGAUCUCAAGUAUGAGCAGACAUUUGAUGCUCGUGCCCAGAACAUGAACGGUGGCAAGUACCUCACUUUCAUUGAAGGUGGCCGCUGUCACGCCUUUGACGCCAAUUACCAGAAGAAAUGGACAGCGUCCAUUCAAGGCCUGGGGAACACUGAAGCCAACAUUCACGACUUCGAAUUCACCACCCAGGGUACUGCCCUCAUGACUGCAUACCAGGACAUCAGGUACAACUUAACCACCAUCGGGGGAGAAAUGGAUGGUUGGCUGAGCGACUCCAUCUUUCAGGAGGUUGAACUUGACACCAACAGAGUCACCAAUGUGUGGAGAUCGUUCACUCAUAUGAACCUGACGGACACAAUGAUCAAAUACAACCCCAAGACAACUUUCAUGGGUGGCGAUGGUUUCGACUGGUUCCACAUAGACAGCAUCUUCAAGACUUUGAAAGGCCGUUACCUGGUCUCAUCGAGAGCGUUAUCGGCAAUCAUCCUUCUCGAGGCAGACAGUUUAAACCCACGAUGGAUCCUAGGAGGAAAGCGUAACCAGUUCAAGGACCUCAACGGCGGGAAUGCAACUAAGUUUGCACAUCAAUAUAAUGCAAGAUUUGUCCAAGGUAAUGAGAGCCAGAUCAGUUUCUUCGACAACCACGUCACUGAGAGCGGAUUCUGCAGUAAAGGAAAUUGUUCUCGAGGCGUUGUUGUGGAGCUUGACUAUGAUGAAAUGACUGUCAAGCUCUUACAUGAGUUUUACCAUCCCCAGAAAAUCUCAUCGGGUUCAGGAGGCAGCGUUCAGGGCUUGGCCAACGGAAACUUCCUUGUCGGUUGGGGUGCGAAUCCAGGGGUCACGGAACAUACGCCCAAUGGAACUAUAGUCAUGGACAUUCAGCGUGGGGUUAUACCUCAUGUCUCUGAAGGUAACUCAGAUGCCGAUAUGUCUGUCUAUCGGGCAUGGAAAACGGAUUGGAUCGGCCAACCACCGUGGGGUCCAUCCAUUGCCUCCGCGAAUGCAACUAUCUACGUUUCCUGGAACGGUGAUACAGAGGUUCACCGGUGGGAGGUGUAUGCUGGCGAAGAUGAUAGAAAUGUCACAGCUUCUCCCCAACUUCUUGGCAACUCGUCCCGGAUUGGUUUUGAAACAGAGAUUCCUCUGGACGAGUCAUCGCUUCCCAAGUCUGCACGAGCAGUCGCCGUGAGUAAGAGCGGUAAAGUCCUUGGAUCUACAGCUACCGUUGAUCUUGCAACAGGCGAACUUCAUGGCAACAGCAGCAGUAUCUGGGUUUUGAAAGCAAACCCUUCUGGUGCGGAACCCAGCGAUGACCCUGGUAGUGAAAAGAAAGGGGAUGAUGGGGAGGAGGGAGAAGAUGCUUCGAGUUGUACAAAGACCUCGGUGAGCUCGGUGUUUGCUCUCUUGCUCGCCAUUGCUUUCCACACCGACGCACCUAAGACAGAGGACCAACAAGGAAACAGAGCAACAAAGAAGGAAGAGAAUAAAAGCAACGAACCAGCCUCAGCCAAGGAACCAGGGCCUCUGGCUCGGCGGUUAGAGGAAGCCACAGAGGAAGCCCUCUUUACUGGUGGACGAGCCGGACGUCAGGCUGUCGAGGACGCAGGCUUUUCAGAAGAGCUCAAGCAAAGACUUUUCAAUAGGAUCGCCGAUGCAAACUUCAAGUCCGAGAAUGCUAGCGCUUUUGCAGAAGCUAGCCUUACGUCAACAGCAGGAGAAGGUACACGAUAUAUCGCCUCGGCGCAAACGUGGACGGGAGAAGAGAACCCUACAGAUACUGCACUUCGCAUGCUAGAUGAUGCUAGGAAACCACUGGCUCCAGGCUUAAGAGGCAAGUUUCAGACCCCACCUGUGGACAUGCGAUUGAACAGAAAACCAAAGCGAUCUGCAGGAGAGAAGGUGGCCAAAGCAAGGGACAAGGUGACUACUUAUGUUGGCAUGGGCGGCCAGCAGUCCAAGAACGGCAUGAGUGAGGAUGAGAGGGAAGCUUGGAGGAAAGAGUUAAGAGAACGGUUUGAGCCUACAGCGAGAGCCAUGCCAAACACAAUCACGGGCCUUGCAGCUUUGGCGAACGAGCGUAUCGAGAAUGCUAUUGCAAGAGGGCAAUUCAAAAACAUCCCCCGUGGUACAGGAAUCGAGCGUGAUGCCCGCGCUGACAACCCCUUUAUCGAUACUACGGAGUAUAUCAUGAACAAGAUGAUUCAACGACAGGAUAUGGUUCCGCCAUGGAUAGAGAAGCAGCAGGAGCUCGCAAAGGAGCUCCAGACAUUUAGGGCUAGACUGCGAAACGACUGGCGACGCUUUUCAGCAAGGAUGAUUGCAUCAAGGGGAGGAUCGCUGCAGGAGCAGAUAAGCAGAGCAGAAGAGUAUGCAGCUGCGGAAGAGGUGCACAAUCCAACUAUACGAAAGAAUGGGGAUGGGGAGGUGCAGGGGCUCAAGGACGCCUCGCCGGUGGUUGGAAGACCAUUCCGAGAUUCGGAUUGGGAAAAGGCCGAAGCAGGAUAUCAUAAGCUGGCCGUUGAGCGUCUUAAUACUCUGACGCGGAGCUACAACCUCAUGGCGCCGGAUUUAGCCAAGAAGCCGUACUUUUCACUCGAGCGGGAACUCAAAGCGUGUUUUGCUGAAGUUGCACCUACUGUUGCUCGAGAGAUUCGGGACCGCGCGGCGGGUGGUAGGCCAAGGAGUUUAGGAGGAGGUAAAGUAGCUCAACAGACGGGAUUGCUGGAGGCGUUGACGGGAGGCGACAAUGUCAAGAUUCAUGUCGAAGCACACGAGAAAGCAUAUGGAAUGAGGGAGUGGUGGAGAGAUUUAUGGAAGAAGAAUUGA